AUGGCCGACGAGGAGGAGAUCUCAGUGUACGAUGAGGUGGAGAUCGAGGACAUGACGUUCGACGACGCCCUGCAGAUCUACCACUACCCCUGCCCCUGCGGCGACAAGUUCGAGAUUGCCCUGGCCGACCUGCGCGACAGCUCGACCGACAUCGCCGUCUGUCCCAGCUGCAGCUUGAUGAUCCGGGUCAUUUAUGAAGUUGACAACCUCCCCAAGCCCCAAGAACCCAAAGAACCCGAGCCUCCUGCGCCUGUCCCUAUCGCCGCCUGA